CUUCGGAAACGUCCGACUCCUGGGACCGGUCUCCGGCUUUCGGUUAAAUUUUUUUCCCUCCCAUUAUUCUCCCACCUAAAACUUUUGGCUCUUCCCGCCUUCCUUCAAGCUAGCAAUUUUCGGCUCUUCUCGCUUGCUUUGGGGCGAGUUCCUGAAAGUCAUUUACCCUUGAGUUAAUUAAUCGCCUUUCUAGCCCCACCCGUUCAGCUUAUUCGCUAAUUCCUAUUCGCUCGGCUCAAUUUAUUUCGGCUACUUCCGCCUCCUCCCGGGAUCCCUUCACUGACUUCGGCUUUUUCCGGAUUAUCGCAAAUCCCCGGGGUUCUCCAAUCCCGAAGCGCUUCGGCUAUUUCCGGCUCUCCGUGCCUUCUCUAGUCCCACCCCCACGACCACCCUUGGUUCUUUAGGAACGAUGGAGGCCGUGCCCGGGACCCCCCCGCCGCCGCCAUCAGAGUCGCCACCGCCGCCAUCGCCACCGCCGCCAUCAACGCCUUCGCCUCCUCCGUGUUCCCCCGACGGCCGCGCGGCCACCCCGCACCUCCUCCACCACCGCCUCCCGCUCCCUGACGACAGGGAAGAUGGUGAGUUGGAGGAAGGUGAACUGGAAGACGAUGGGGCUGAGGAGAUCCAGGAUGCCCCUGGAGGACAAGAGAAGAGUCGGAAAGAAAAGGGGGAGAAGCACCACAGCGACUCCGAUGAGGAAAAAUCUCACAGGAGGCUGAAACGGAAGCGGAAGAAGGAACGGGAGAAGGAGAAGAGGAGGUCAAAGAAAAGGCGGAAAUCUAAGCACAAACGCCAUGCUUCCUCCAGCGAUGACUUCUCGGACUUCUCAGAUGACUCAGAUUUCAGCCCCAGUGAGAAGAGUCACCGCAAGUACAGGGACUAUAGUCCCCCAUACGCACCAUCCCACCAGCAGUACUCCUCGUCACACAACACACCCCUGCCCAAGAAGUCCUACUCCAAGAUGGACAGCAAGGGCUACAGCAUGUACGAGGACUACGAGAGUGAGCAGUACGGGGAGUAUGAGGGAGAGGAGGAGGAGGACAUGGGCAAGGACGACUAUGACGACUUCACCAAAGAGCUCAACCAGUACCGGCGCGCCAAGGAGGGCAGCAGCCGGGGCAGAGGGAGCCGAGGCCGAGGCAGGGCCUACAGGGGCCGUGGGAGCCGAGGAGGAUCUCGAGGCCGAGGCAUGGGCAGGGGCAGCAGAGGCCGAGGCAGGGGCUCCAUGGGAGAGCACCCAGAGGAUGAAGAGGACCUGUAUGAAGAGGAGAUAGAGUAUGGAGAGAGUGAGGAGCCCAUGGGAGACGAGGACUAUGAUGAGUACUCCAAGGAGCUGAGCCAGUACCGAAGGUCCAAGGACAGCCGGGGCCGAGGGUUAAGUCGAGGCCGAGGCCGGGGUUCCCGAGGAGGCCGAGGGAAGGGGAUGGGCCGUGGCCGCGGCCGAGGUGGCAGAGGCGGAAUGGGCAAGGGCGGCAUGAAUGAUGACGAGGACUUCUACGAUGAUGACAUGGGCGAUGGUGGUGGUGGAAGCUACCGGAGGAGUGAUCAUGACAAGCCCCACCAGCAGUCUGACAAGAAAGGCAAAGUCAUUUGCAAGUACUUCGUGGAGGGACGAUGCACUUGGGGAGACCACUGCAAUUUUAGCCACGACAUUGAGCUGCCGAAGAAGCGAGAGCUGUGCAAGUUUUACAUCACAGGGUUCUGUGCGCGCGCCGAGAACUGCCCCUACAUGCAUGGUGACUUUCCGUGUAAGUUAUACCACACCACUGGGAACUGCAUCAAUGGUGAUGACUGCAUGUUCUCCCAUGACCCGCUGACCGAAGAGACACGAGAGCUCCUAGAUAAGAUGUUGGCUGAUGAUGCAGAAGCAGGUGCUGAGGACGAGAAGGAGGUAGAAGAGCUGAAGAAGCAGGGCAUCAACCCACUGCCCAAGCCACCGCCUGGUGUGGGGCUCCUGCCCACACCUCCACGGCCCCCUGGGCCCCCAGCUCCCACCUCUCCUAAUGGCAGGCCCAUGCAAGGUGGCCCUCCUCCACCACCACCACCCCCUCCCCCACCUCCUGGGCCUCCUCAGAUGUCCCUGCCAGCACAUGAGCCACUGUCCCCACAGCAGCUACAGCAGGACAUGUACAACAAGAAGAUCCCCUCUCUGUUUGAGAUUGUGGUGCGGCCCACAGGGCAGCUAGCUGAGAAACUGGGCGUGAGGUUCCCUGGACCUGGUGGACCCUCAGGGCCAAUGGGUCCUGGCCCCAACAUGGGACCUCCAGGGCCAAUGGGGGGCCCCAUGCAUCCUGACAUGCACCCUGACAUGCAUCCAGACAUGCAUCCUGAUAUGCACCCCGACAUGCAUCCUGACAUGCACCCUGACAUGCACCCUGACAUGCAUCCUGACAUGCCAAUGGGUCCUGGCAUGAACCCUGGCCCUCCCAUGGGUCCCGGUGGCCCCCCAAUGAUGCCCUAUGGUCCUGGAGACUCCCCGCACUCUGGAAUGAUGCCUCCCAUCCCGCCAGCUCAAAACUUCUAUGAGAACUUCUACCCGCAGCAAGAGGGCAUGGAAAUGGAGCCUGGUCUUGUUGGAGAUGCAGAGGACUACGGGCACUACGAAGAGCUGCCGGGGCAGCCUGGGGAGCCCCUCUUCCCUGAGCACCCUCUGGAGCCUGACAGCUUCCCCGAGGGAGGGCCCCCAGGCCGGCCGAAGGCGGGCGCCGGUGUACCCGACUUCUUGCCCUCGGCUCAGAGGGCCCUGUACCUGAGGAUCCAGCAGAAGCAGCAGGAGGAGGAGAGAGCGAGGAGGCUGGCUGAGAGCAGCAAACAGGACCGGGAGAAUGAGGAAGGCAUGUGUCCCCCCGGCAGGGGCCCAGCCGACUCUGUGCAGGGACGAGGUGACACUGGAAACUGGUACUCGAGUGAUGAGGAUGAAGGGGGAAGCAGUGUCACAUCCAUCCUCAAGACCUUGAGGCAGCAGUCAAGCCGGCCCCAGGCUUCAGUUGGGGAACCGAGCAGCAGUGGGCUGGGGGAUCCCCGCCUCCAGAAGGGACACCCCACAGGAAGCCGGCUGGCUGAUCCCCGCCUCAGCAGGGACCCCAGACUCAGCCGCCAUGCAGAGACUUCAGGAGGGUCUGGCCCAGGAGACUCAGGGCCCUCUGAUCCUAGGUUGGCUCGUUCUCUGCCGACCUCCAAGGCUGAAGGCAGCCUUCAUUCCAGCCCUGCAGGCCCCAGCAGUUCAAAAGGACAGCCUCCUGCAGAAGAGGAGGAAGGGGAGAGGGCCUUGCGUGAGAAGGCGGUGAACAUUCCCUUGGACCCCCUGCCUGGACACCCACUACGGGACCCUCGCUCUCAGCUGCAACAGUUCAGCCACAUCAAGAAGGAUGUGACCCUGAGCAAGCCGAGCUUUGCUCGCACAGUGCUCUGGAACCCUGAAGACCUAAUCCCCCUGCCCAUCCCCAAGCAGGACGUGCCCCCAGUGCCUGCUGCCCUGCAGUCCCUACCUGCCCUAGAUCCUAGGCUACACCGUUCCACACCCCCUGGGCCUCCGAACACCCGGCAGCGUCCAGGCUCCACAGAUCCCAGCACCUCUGGCUCUAACCUACCUGACUUUGAACUCCUGUCUCGAAUCCUCAAGACUGUCAAUGUCAAUACCCCUGGCCAGAGUGAAAAACCCAGUGAUCCCAGGGUGCGGAAGACCCCUACUGACCCCAGAUUACAGAAGCCAGCAGAUCCUGGGGCAGCCUCCCGUGCAGCCAAGCCCUGUCCCACCGAAGCAUCACCACCUGCUGUCAGCCCAAGUGGGGACUCGUCCCCACCAGCCACAGCUCCCUACGACCCCCGAGUGCUGGCAGCUGGUGGCUUAGGCCAGGGCAGUAGUAGCGGGCAGAGCAGUGUCCUGAGUGGUAUCAGCCUGUAUGACCCAAGGACUCCCAAUGCAGGUGGCAAAACUGCAGAGCCCGCUUCUGACCCAAGUGCUCAGCCCAAGGGUCCUGAGGGCAAUGGCAAGAGCUCAGCCUCCAAGGCCAAAGAGCCUCCAUUUGUCCGCAAGUCUGCCCUGGAGCAGCCAGAGACAGGCAAGGCCAGCACAGAUGGGGCCACAGCCACGGACAGAUACAACAGCUACAACCGGCCCCGGCCCAAGGCCACAGCAGCCCCCACUGCUGCCUCAUCCACCCCACCCCCUGAGGGGGCCACACCCCAGCCUGGGGUACACAACCUGCCAGUGCCCACUCUCUUUGGGACUGUAAAGCCGGCCCCCAAAACAGGCACAGGGAGCCCGUUUGCUGGCAACAGCCCUGCCCGUGAGGGUGAGCAGGAUGCAGGGUCCCUGAAGGACGUUUUUAAAGGCUUUGACCCCACAGCCUCUCCCUUCUGUCAGUAGUGUCCGUGGGGGCCAGUGUUCCCCCGACUCCACCACCCUCCCAGGGUGACAUGUAAGGGCAGCAACCAGAGUUACGGGCGGGAGGUGGGGCAGGCGGGCAGGGUGUUCUUUCUUCACAUUUUUUCUUCCCUUUUCCCCCCUUUUUUAAAUAGUACUUACUUUGAGUCAUAAAUUGUAUCUAAGCAUCUUGGGUUCUGGUCAGUGCUGCAGGCUCCUGGCUUCUCUCUGUCCAGUGAGCAGCUUACACCCUUCAUUGGAUGAAUAGUGGCAAGUACCCGGCCUGCGGCUUCCUGGGAAUUGAGGGAAGCGUAACUGUCUGGGAAAGCACUGAAGGCCACUCACCCUGUGUGUGCUGCUACAAGUUUGACAGAACCACGUCACAUCAUGUGGAAGCUGGUGCCGGGAGUGUCUAGAGUCCCAGGGUCAACUGUCCUCUCUAGCAUGCAGCCUGUGACAACUUGCUUCAGGACAAAGCAACAGUGAAGUGAGAAAAAUGUCAACAGGAGAGAAAGGGCCUGGCAACCCCCUGGCCCUAACCUGCUCGGGCCUGUGCGUUCCAUAUCCUCCGUCCAGUGUUUGUCCUGAAAGUGACACCCUGUAGCCUUGCAGGAGACUGUUGGUAAGGCAGACCUGUAGGCAGCAGGCCUGGCAGGAGUGGGACAGCCCCCUGAAGCAUUGUCCCUCAGUAUUACCUACCCGGCGUCACUGGCCUGACCCUUGAGACAGCUCACGGAUCCGUGGUAUGGCCACCUGCCAGACCCCCAAGGAGAGAGGCCAAGAGUGGCCCUGGCAAAGUGUCUGCUAGCUGCUUCCACACCCCUUAGCCAUGUUAUUUGUAGAGUACCAGAUAGUGUUUGCUUUUUCCUCCCAAGCUGACAGAAGCUGGGCGUCAGUGAUCUGUUGUGGUGUAGGAUUAAUGGGGCCUGAGAAGAUGGCAGGUGUCCAGCUGAUGUGUUGGGCCUUUUCUAGGAAAGGGACCGAGCCUCUUCAGGUGAGGAGGCCCAGAGUACAUGCCAUAUCCCACCUAGAGGAGGCAUUUCCACAGCCUCGACCACUAGCUAAGGAGGGCUGGCCUUGUCCAAAGAGUGGGGUGGGGGGUAAGGGGCAGAGACUCUCCCUGUGACCAUGUCCUUAAGAUUGGAUCAGGGAACUGGGUAAGAUCUGCAGACCUUUCUUUGAUGGAGUUUCUCUCCAGGCCCUACAAGUCUGCUUUCUUGCAGGUUGCCUCUUUUAUAUUGGGUCUCUUGGCCCAACUGCUUCCUUGUUAAUAAGGAGACCUGACACACACAGCCAGUGGAUUCCCCUCCGCCUCGGGAGGGGACAGGCUCCCAUGUCCCAUCCCAUCCCACCUACCAUACCCUCCACACCCCAAAGAGAAAUCCCUUCAAAACAGUUUGGGGCCUGUAGCCAGGGUGGGAGGGGCUUGUGCCCCACAGCCUCACAACCCUUGGGGUCAGUGCACCAAGAUCAAGUUGGUUUGUUUGUCUUGUGUUUUUUGUUUUAUUUUCUUAAACAAUCAUCAAUGAGAUUUGUCUUUGGGCCCCAGCCUUGGCCUCAUGGCCUCAUGGCCAGGGCUGCGGCCAUGGUGAGCAUAGGAUAGAAAGAGUACAGUGUGGCAGUGUUUGGAUCCCCUCCACCCCUUUGAAAUUUCCCUUUUUGUAAAAGCCAGGCUUGGUAGUGUCACCUGUCAUCCCAGCACUCAGGAGGCAGGGUCAGGAGGAUUACAGGUUCAAAGCCAGCCUGGUCUAUAUUAGAAAAAGAAAACUGUCCUUUUGCUAAAGAAUAAUUACAUGAAUUUUUAAGGAUGAAAUCUGUGGGUAAGAUGGAGUCUUGGAGCCUUCCUCUUGGAAUAGUUAGCCGAAGACCCUCAUGGGGCCAGGACACCGCUUGAAUCCCCACUCGCCAUCAGGCCACACUUUUAAAGAAAAAUUGUUCUCUAACCAGGAUUGUAACAAAAGUGUAAAUAGUAUUUCUGAGUUGAAAGUCGAUGGUGCAAAUAUGUAUAUAAUGUACUGUAUUUUUACAAUGAUCGUCGCAUGGCUCUCCCGCCCCUUUUGUACUCAGUAUCUGUCUUCCAGAAACCUCACCUGCCUUCUCUCACGUGGUCUCUUAAUCCAGUAAUUGUAUUACUGCCAUUAAAGGAUGCAGUUAUUUUAAACA